UCUUUUCCCGCUUUUGGAUCUUUGACGGUCGCGAGGUUUUCGCUGCUGCUCCAUUCACUCGUGUCCUUUCUCGAUUGAUUUCUCAGGCUUCUUCAAGUCUAGCACUCUGUCGCUCUCCUCUCCUCCCCCGGAUUCAACUCAACUCUCGAUCCUCUCUCCCUGUGGACCCCGCGUCUCACGUUUCCUCGCAACGAACGAAAGUCAUCGACAGCCAUCCGGCCGUGUUCGCUUGCCAAUUGAAGAGAUUCCACCGUUGAUAAUCCGAGAGAAUCGCGAGAGAUACUUAGUUGUAUCUCUGUUUCAUCUACAUAGCAAAAAUGGGUAUCACAAUCGUGCUGGGUAGCCAGUGGGGUGAUGAAGGAAAGGGGAAGAUCACCGACAUGCUCUCGCAGCAGGCUACGCUUUGCUGCCGUGCUGCUGGCGGUCACAAUGCGGGUCACACCAUCGUCCACGGCUCGAAGACUUACGACUUCCACAUCCUCCCCUCGGGUCUGGUCUCCCCCUCGUGUAUCAACCUCAUCGGCGCGGGAACCGUCUUCCACGCUCCCAGCUUCUUCAAGGAGUUGGCCGCCCUCGAGGAAAAGGGCUUGGAGGGUGCGGGCAAGCGUAUCUUCAUCUCUGACCGUGCUCACGUCUGCUUGGACCUGCACUCCGUCGUGGACGGCCUGGAGGAAGCGAAGCUGGGUGGCCGCAAGGUCGGCACCACGGGUAAGGGUAUCGGCCCUUGCUACAGUGACAAGGCUUCUCGUCGCGGUGUUCGCGUCGGCGAGAUCUUGGACGAGGCUGUCUUCGAGCGCAAGCUGCGUGCUCUGCACGCCGGAUACACUGCCCGUUUCGGUGACCUCGAGUACAGCGUCGAGGACGAGAUUGCCCGGUUCAAGGAAUACCGUAAACUCCUUGGACCCUACAUUGUCGACCAGCUGGCCUUCCUGCAGAAGUACAAGGACUCCCCCAACACGCUGGUUGAGGGUGCGAACGCACUCAUGCUGGACCUGGACCACGGUACCUACCCCUACGUGACUUCCUCGUCUACCGGUCUGGGUGGUGCCGUUCAGGCCCUGUCCCUGAACCCCACCAGCAUCACAUCGGUCGUUGGUGUCGUGAAAGCCUACACCACCCGCGUUGGCUCCGGCCCCUUCCCCAGCGAACAGCUCAACGAGGUCGGUACGAAGCUGCAGGAAGUCGGUCGUGAAUUCGGUGUCACCACCGGCCGCCGCCGCCGCUGCGGUUGGUUCGACCUGGUCCUCUGCCGCUACUCUCAAGCGAUCAACCACUACACCGCCCUGAACCUGACGAAGCUGGAUAUCCUGGACGACUUUGACGAGAUUAAGGUCGGUGUCGCCUACAUCCUGCCGGACGGCACCCGCACGGAGAACACCAUCCCCGCCGAUGCCGACGUCCUCGACAAGGUCCAGGUGGAGUACGAGACCCUGCCCGGCUGGAAGAGCAACACCAUGGGAGCCAAGAAGUACGAGGACCUGCCCCCGAACGCACGCGCCUACAUCGAGUACAUCGAGCGCGGACUGGGCGGUGUCCCUGUGAAAUGGAUCGGCACCGGCCCUGCUCGUGAGGACAUGAUCGCUCGUGAGUAAGAAAGCAACACUCCAUCCUUUUCAAAAGUCCUGUCGUAGAGGAGCUUCGGGGAGGCAUGAGCGGAUAGAACCAACGAUACAGUUCUUGCAUACAUCUCUAGAACGGAGGGGAAACAAGGCAGGUUGGUUCCUUUCUCUUUCCCCUCCUUCCUCCCCCCUUUUUCUUCUUGAUAUCAUGAGUUGAACUUUGUUUCAAUAUCCUGGAUGAUCCAUUGAAAUCUGGAUCAUCUGUCAUUCUGUACAUUGGAUUAUAUGAUUUUUGCUUUGCGUGAUGUUUGGACGAUCUUUCUGUCGACGAACUUUUUUUUAACGACACCAGUAGAUGGUCGAUGAGGUGGAUCAGACAAAUAGAAUUGAUUUCUUCCCUUUC